AAAUCCCCCUCGGACCCUCUUGAAUCCCAGUGCUCCGUUUAGCCUAAAUAUCCCAGCUACUUUCCGUCGACUCAGCAUUCGGCAAAGGCAUACGCAAUCUUUAGAUUCUAUAUCACCUUGUGUCUAGGUAUAUAAGUCGCAGGACUUAGCUCGAAGAUGGAACUGCAAAACAUCGUCUCCCAUGCUCAAAAUAUCUAUUGUCUCGCUCGUCGUCAGCUUCGGUUUCAUAUGCUCUGCAUACUCAAAGACCGUUGUUGAUCUCGGUUAUGCCAAAUACGAACCGGCGUUCGACUCUACCUCGAACCUUACAACUUUCCUGGGGAUUCGCUACGCUGCUCCCCCAGUCGGUGAUUUGAGAUGGAAUGCGCCCGUUGCCCCUGCGAAGGCGAAUGGAACUCAGAAUGCAAUCAACGCUCCUCCGCAGUGUUACCAGGGACCCUUCGCUGGUCAAGCUUCUACGAGUCUGUCUGCUCGGACGAACGACUACGCCGGGCAGUCUGAGGAUUGCCUCUUUCUCAGCGUUUACACGCCGGAUCUUCGACCACAGCGCCUUCUCCCGACCAUCGUUUGGAUCCACGGAGGAGGGUAUUCGUGGGGCAAUGAAAGCACGUACAACGGUGCUGACCUGGUGAACGAAUCGGGAAGCAAAUUUGUUGUCGUUACCAUCCAAUACCGGCUAGGGCUCUUUGGAUUCCUCGCUGGGGAACAGGUCAAAAAGAGUGGGGUGCUGAAUGCGGGACUUCUCGACCAACAAUUCGCUUUGCACUGGGUCCAAGAUCAUAUCCACAAAUUCGGCGGUGAUCCAGCUCACGUUGUGAUUUGGGGACAAUCGGCUGGAGCGGGUUCGGUCAUUCAGCAUGUCGUGGCCAAUGGUGGAAAGACGGAGCCCAAACUCUUCAAGACCGGAAUCACCAGCUCGCUCUUUCUUCCCCCUCAAUACGGAUAUGGGGAUGUCAUUCCCCAGAGCUUGUUUGAUUCAGUGGCCGGCCAAGCAGGAUGUGCUUCGGGAGAUCAGCUCGACUGCCUGCGACGAACGGAUGGCGAGGUCUUGCAAGGGAUCAACAUAGACCUGGCUUCGGCUGCUUUUGAAGGCACUUUCACAUUUCUUCCCGUUGUCGACGGAUCUCUCAUCACGAAGAGCCCCGCCGAUGCCCUUGAACAGGGCGAAACAAACGGAGACGAAUUGCUCGUCAUUACAAACAGCCUCGAAGCUGCUGUGUUCGUCGACCAGACCGUUGGGUAUAACAUCACACAAUUCACAAGAAAUAUGCUCCCACUUUUGGACGAGACGCAAGCAGAAUCCGUUGCUGCCAUCUACCAUUCCGUGGGCAGCACAACAGAACAAGCCACCGCCAUCAUGACCGAAGGCGGAGAAUACGCAGUCCCUCCUGCCGUGCACGGUGAAGAUAUAUUCUACUAUUUCCAGUCAAUCAGCUUCGCAGGCUUCGCGCUCGCAUACAACAAUACUGACUUCAUCACUGCGUUUCAACAAGCAUUCUUCUCGUUCGCCGCCAAUGGCGACCCGAGCCUGAAGUUGCAGCCCAGCAUUGCUCCCUAUUGGCCUCGGUGGUCAGAUGGCGGGAACCAGAUGGUGUUCAAUCGCACAGCUCAAGCAGUGCCUCAGCUGACAACUGCCGCCCCGCCUGCAGACCUGAUGCGCAGAUGCGCGCUCUGGAAAGAAUUGCGGAGCGCUCUAGAAUACCAUCUUCGUUCCACCGAGACAGAGUCUCGGAGUAUGAGAAGAGAUGUCAGGGUUCUGCUCGUUGGCGACGAGGGUGUCGGGAAAAGCACACUGGUCACCACUUUGAUCAAGGAGUCCUACGUCGCCCAUGUUCAGCAUAUCGUUCCCGAAGUGACCAUCCCGCCCGAGGUCACCCCGGAGAAUGUGACGACGUAUAUCGUGGACUCGGGAGCGGGCCCCCAGGACCGGCCUCACCUUGAGAGCGAGAUUCGCAAGGCACAUGUCAUCUGCGUCGUGUACUCGAUAGACAACGCCAAUUCGUUCGACCGGAUCCCUACAUUCUGGCUCCCCCAUUUCCGGCAAUUGGGUGUCAACGUACCUGUCAUUCUCGUGGGCAACAAGAUCGACCUGCGCGGAGAUGACCCCGCAAAUGAGACGCUGGCUGAGGAGAUCUUGCCUAUCAUGAAUGAGUUCAAGGAAGUCGAGACGUGCAUAGAGUGCUCCGCGAAACAACCCGUGAAUGUGUCAGAGGUCUUCUACUUUGCCCAGAAAGCAGUUCUGCAUCCGACAGCUCCGUUAUACGACUCCCGCGACCAUGUCUUGAAACCUGCAUGUGUCAGCGCGUUGCAGCGUAUUUUCAAGCUCUGCGACCUGAAUAAAGAUGGGAUUCUGGAUGCUGCGGAGUUGAACGAUUUCCAGCGUAAAUGCUUCGAUGCGCCGCUUCAAGUCCAAGAGUUGGAAGGGAUUCGGCAAAUGGUUUCUGCACAUACCGAAGGCGGCGUCAAGGACGGAGGUCUGACUGAACGGGGCUUCCUCUACCUACAUACGACCUUCAUCCAACGAGGGAGACUCGAAACGACAUGGACGGUUUUACGCAAGUUUGGUUACGCUGAAGACUUGAAACUUACGGAAGGAUUCCUGCUACCCAAAUUCGAUGUUCUACCGGACUGCUCGGUUGAACUGAGUCCCCUGGGUUAUCAAUUCUUCACUGAUCUGUUCGAAACUUUCGACAAGGACCAAGAUGGGGCGCUGAAGACACACGAGCUGGAUGAGGUCUUCAGCACGUCUCCUGGCAAUCCUUGGGCCACCCAGAAAUUCCCAGACACCACCCUUUCUGAUGAUUCGGGAGCCGUGACUCUGCAAGGAUGGCUUGCCCAGUGGAGUAUGACGACUUUGUUGGACCAUAAGACGACGCUGGCUUACUUGGCUUACUUGGGCUAUCCCAACGAACCACGAACUGGCGCACUUCAGGUUACACGCCCGCGGAAGACGGAUCGGAGGAAAGGCAAAGUCACGCGGAAUGUGUUUUUAUGCUAUCUCUGCGGAGCUGCUGGGUCUGGAAAAACAUCUCUUCUGCGCGCGUUUGCUGGAAAACCUAUAUCGUCUGUCUACGAGCCUACGACAAAGGUUGUGAGCGUGGUCAAUUCUGUGGCAAUCGACGGAUCGGAGAAAUAUUUGGUGCUGCAAGAAUUCGGUUCCAAGUACGAGGCAGAGAUGCUGCGGAACUCCAAAAAGCUGGAUUUGGCGGAUGUCAUCGUCCAUGUCUAUGAUUCGGGAGAUACCAACUCCUUCUCUUACAUUAGUAAUCUUCGGGCAAGUCGUCACCGUUUAGAUAAUAUCCCCACUCUCUUCGUCGCCACCAAGUCGGACCUCGAUCUGGCCCAGCAACGACACGAAGUUCAACCCGAUGUCUAUUGUCGACGGCUCGGCCUGCAAGUUCCUGUCGCCGUAAGCGUGAGAACGGGUCAAACAGCAGAUGUCUUCCACGAAAUCUGCGCAAUAGCGUUGAAUCCACAUGGUGCUAUCCCUGGUGGGCUGGAUCGCGCCCGAAGUGCUACGGCCCGGCUGAGGAUGUACAUGGCUCUGACCGCGCUGUUCGGUGGCUGCACUGCAGGUUUGUUUAUGCUUUAUCGGACUCUUCGGCCUGGUCGUGAUGACGCAAGUGCCAAAUGGGGUAAAGGGCGUGCGGAGAACUCGUUUCUGCACAGACCACCAAGUCAUUUGAGAAGCUCAGCCAGAGCCUUCCAUCGAUCCGCUCUUACCCUCAACCACAUUGCAAGCAUGGAUGCCGACAUGGAUUUCGACGGCCCAUCUGCGCCCUCUGACGCUCCACCACCCCAGGCAUACUCGAAUCCGAUGGGGCCGAUGGAUGGCGGACGCAAAAUGCUUGACCUUGUCUUCAUACAAGAUUGCACCGGCAGCCAGGGUAGCUAUAUAUCCUCCGCAACGAAGAAUAUCGAGCAGAUAUGCGCGCACAUCUUUGAGUCCGGAAAACUGCAAGCGACGGAGGAUCUGCGCGUUGGGCUGGUCGCAUUUCGGGACCACCCCCCGCAAGAUCACACGUACAUCACGAAGAACUUCGGCUUCUCGUCGGACAGCAGCAAAGUGCAGAAGGACCUAUCUGGUUUGUAUGCGUCUGGCGGGGGAGAUGGUCCGGAGGCUGUGACGGCUGCGAUGCAUGAAGCCCUGAAUAUGGAAUGGAGAGAUGACGCUAGCAAGAUGAUCGUGCUCAUUGCCGAUGCACCCCCGCAUGGGAUCGGUGAAUACGGGGAUGGUUUCGAUGAAGGCUCGCCUGAUAACAACGAUCCGCUGCAGCUCGCUCGAGUCAUGGCCAGCCGGGGCAUCACUUUGUUCUUCGUGGCCUGUGAACCUGCCUUGAGCGGGUAUUCGUACGCUACUGAUUUCUAUCGAGCCAUCACUAAUAUCACGUCUGGUCUCAUGCUCCCUCUCACAACCGCUGACCUGCUGGCCCAUGCCAUCGUUGGGAGCGUCUUGGAGAAUCUGGACAUGGACCGACUGGUGCGCGAAGUUGGCAAUGCGGUCGCACAACGGAUUCUCGGGAACAACGAAAGUGUGGAUGAUGUUGCCCGCGAACUGCACGAAAAGCUACUUCUGCGAAACGAGAGCACGAAGAAGGUGGUCAUCGAGAGCAUCUACAAGGAUUCAGAAGAGUCCAAGCAUAACGUGCAAGUGUACAUGCAUGCGCCGUCGCUAGCGGAGGCGAGGCCUCAGUUGAAACGGGUCAACGGAACUCGUUUCACGGAUAAGUAUCUCGAGUCUCGGUCGACGGCGCGAACAUCCUAUGGGACAAGCCACUCGUAUCCAUUUGCGCCAGCGACACCUCCUCGGUCGCCGAUCAAGGCAGCACCCUCUUCAUCGCCCAAACUUGCAACUGGCUCGCCGCCCCGCAAGGUCGUCACCGACUUUGCCGCAUUCGGAGCCCCGGCCAAUGCCAGUGUGUUUGGCACGGCAGUAGCGUCAACACCGUUCUCCCUUGCUGGUGGUAAGGCAGCGUUUGGGGGGAUACGGGCAGGAGGUGUCCGGGGUGGUAUGAUCGACGAGGACGAGGACGACGAGGAUCACGGGCGACAGAAAGUCGAGUUGCGAGAAGACUCGAUAUCCUUGGACCAGGCCCGCCGCAUUGCCAUGCAAAGCGCCUGGAGAAGUGCCAGGGUGUAGGAGAAUCAUCUAUCAUUUCCGGUCUUGUUUUUGUUCAUCCAAUAUGUAUAUUCAGAAUACCUGCAUGUCAACCGUUUAUGAGAGUACCUAGUACCAGCAUACACCAACACUUGUUCUAGUGUAAAAAAAAGUAUACCUCGAAUAUUGCACAAACUGCUCAGUCAUCUUUCCGCCGUCUCCGCCUCUCCUCUUUCUUGUCCGGGACGACAGUUUGCUGUGCUCCGAUGUCUUCUCGUUUUCGCUUGCGUGGUACUCGCUCUGCAUCCUGCUUCGACGACUCUGCACCAGAUGAAGAACGCUCUCGUUUCCUCUCCUGCUUCUCUUCAACGUUGACAUCCUCUGUCGACCAGCCUGGGUUCGUGAUUCCGGCUCCCUCGUCCUCCUUCCUCCUACGCGAUUCUUUCUUCUCCUUCUUCAAUCGGCGCAACUCCUUCCUUUCCUUCUUCUGCCUCCUCAGCUCCUUCCUUUCCCGUUUUUCCUGCCGCAUCCGCUUCCGCUCACGCUUGUCCGAGUCGUCCUUCGCAUCCGCGUCGGACGACGUCGAUUUCCGUCUGCGCUUCUUGCUCGGCCGCGCGUCGCUGGGUUCCGCGACCGGCGCGGCGGGCUGCUGGGCAGGAUCGUCGGAGUCCGGGGCUACGAUGGGCCCGCGGAAGAACCUGGAGUACAGCCCGCGCUUGGCGGCAUCGCGCUUGGCUUGGGCCAGCAGGCUCAGGCGCGCGUGAGCCGAGUCGACAUCGGGUGUGGAGGUUCCAGAGGUGUCUGCGCUCGUGCCGACGAUCGGUCGGCGGUUCGAGAGGAUACCUGUGCUCGUGCGCUUUAGAUCGGCAUUGGAGGUGUCGUCGAGGUCGGAAUCGUUCGUAUC